ACGCGUACGUCAGUAUUUUAUGAAGCAACGACUCGUUGACUUCAAUGAGUAGUGGGAGACAUUCAAAAUCUAUAUAGCUAUACAUGAAGUGUCAGAACUGCUGACGGGAAAAAUAAGUAGGAGUAGUUGAAAGAGUACAAAAUAACCUUAUUGAAAUUUUAAAUAUAAGUGUGAAUAUAAGAGUAAUAUGACAAGCUUCUUUGAAAGAGACCCAAAGAAGAGGAGAGUCAAGCCUAUAGGAACAGCACCUUUGCUUGAUUUUGAUUUGGGUGAAAGUUCCGAUGAUAGUGACUUUAGGAUUGAAGACCAUUGCGAGGAAUCCGAUGAUGAUUCAGAAGAUUCUAACGAUAUUGGAAAAGAGGAAGAAGAUGUAUCUGAAGAAUCUGAUGAUUCUUUGGAAGAUCCAUUACUUAAUAGGAAAGAGAAUCCUAAUUUAACAGUAGGGGAUGUUAUUGAACAAGCUCGCCAGCAAGCACUAAAAGGAGGUCCUCUAGAAGACAAAUUAAGUAAAAUGUUAAUUUGUUGUGGUUGCUUAGGAGAUAGAAGUGAUGAUGUUAAUGAAAUUGUUGAGUGUGAUGGUUGUGGUGUCAGUGUACAUGAAGGAUGUUAUGGUGUAUCUGAUGUAGAAAGUUUUUCAAGUACUGAUUCUUUAUGUCAAUCAGCACCAUGGUUUUGUGAAGCUUGCAGUGCAGGCAUUGAGGAUCCCCCCUGUGAACUUUGUCCAAAUAAAGGUGGCAUUUUUAAAGAGACUGAUGUAGGCAAAUGGGUCCAUUUAGUAUGUGCACUUUAUGUACCUGGUGUUGCUUUUGGAGAAGUAUGGAAGGUUGAUCGUUUAUCGAGUGUAACACUAUUUGAGAUGGCAUACAGUAAAUGGGGAGCAAAGCAAUGCUCUUUAUGUGAAGAUGCACGUUAUGCUCGUACUGGAGUAUGCAUAGAAUGUGAUGCAGGAAUGUGUCACACAUAUUUUCAUGUUACAUGCGCACAAAGAGAAGGUCUAUUAUCUGAAGCUCAUAGUGAAGAAGUUGAUCAAGCUGAUCCGUUCUAUGCACACUGCAAACUUCAUUCCGAUAAAACUCUCGUUCGUAGACGUAGACGCAAUUGGUUAGCUUUACAAUUACGAGCUCAGUACCGACAUCAAUUGUUAAAACAACCCAAUCAUUUAGAUACUGAAGAACAGCGUAGAAUUCAAAGAAAAUUAGCUAAGCAUAGACAUAAAUAUUUAGCUCAUAAAGCAUCCCGACCACCACCAUGGGUACCAACGCAAAAGAUGCCUCGGCUAUUAACUACAUCAGCUUCUGCUUGUCGACAAUUAGCAAGAAAAGCUGAACUUAUGGGUGUAGAUACAGCUGCAUUAGAAGCCCAGGAAGCACAACUUGUAGCAUUGGUCGAUGUUAGAAAAAAAUGGCAUAUACCACCUGCUUUUAGUGUGGAAUUUAUUGGUUAUUACCUAGAUCGUAAUUUACGAGUAACAUCUAUGAAAAGAAGAUUACAAGAACUUCUUGAUGUUAAUUCGCAAUUACUAAAUGAACAACAAAGGUUAGACAGAAAGUAUGACGAAGUGAUGAAGGAUAACGAAGAACAAAUUCGUGUUAAUUUAACAUUGAAAGAAAAGAUUGAAAUGUACCACCAGGUGCUUCAAACCAGCGGUUAUGGAAAACCCUUACCACAAAUAGCUGACUUAUCAAAACCAAGAAUAACGCCAACAUUAGGUACGGGUUUAGGUGUACCAACCGCGGCUGCGUUGAAAAUGGGUGUAGGCUUUCCUUUACCAGUUGGUAAAGGAGUAGAAGGAGUACGUGAAGGUAGAGUGUUAAGUAGUCAAGCGCAAGAUCAAAACCAUAAAGGUGAACUAACAUUAAGGCAUCAAUGUGGAAUAUGCAGAAGAUCUACCAACCAGCACCUCCUUGCAAAAUGCGACACGUGUCAUCUUCACUACCAUUUAUCUUGUCUUAGUCCACCUCUAUCACGUAUGCCGAAAAAAACAAAGCUUAUGGGAUGGCAAUGUUCCGAAUGCGAUAAAGAAUCUUCUGGAUCAGAGAUAGAACGUGUUGAUACGUCAGCUCCACGUAAAUUGAGGCAUUGCAAGGAUGACUCUAAUUUAACGUCAACACCAACACCAACACCACCACAAGAGAUGCAAGCACCUGCAACUCCAACGACACCAAGCACAUCAAAAAAUUCUUCUGGUAGCCUUAAUAGUGUAACAAAUAUGACAGCUCCUGAUACACCUACGACACCAAAAGUAACUAUAAAGCCGGUAGGACCACAACCUCCAUCUUCAAUUCCUGCUCAGUCAGGAGAAUCAUUGUAUAAUCAGCAACCUAUUAAUAAUGUGACAAUAACAAGAGAAGGAUCUCCGGAAUAUAUGGUAGCUUCAGCAGAUGGUACAGAAUCUGUAUCACAAAGGAGUGCAAAGAAAAGGAGAAGGGAGAAACACAAAAGAUAUACUCCUGACCCGAUUACGGGUGUAAAACAAAGGAAACGAAAACAUAAAAGAAAAAGUCUCGACGUGGAAAAUCCAGAAGGCCAGGGCCAACCAGAAGUUCAUAGAAGAAUAACAAUAAAAAUCAAGCCAAUUCCAAGACCUGAAGGUGAAAUAGCUUCUGAAUCAAGUCCGCAAAUGUUCGUUGCUACAUCGACUAGCACAGAAAUCACAUCACCACCUCCGCCUAAAUUACUACCCCCACCGGCUCCACCUGUAGUUUCAACUCCUGCACCAAUUACAACAAAUGCAACUACUAAUAAUACAAGUAGCAGAACGUCUACGGGAAAUGGAAAGAAAGGAAAAGAUACAGACCUUUUAACCCAUUGUAAUGUCUGUGAUAUGCCUGGCACCAGUCAAAAUCUCGUUAUGUGUGAUGAAUGUAAAAAAUGCUACCACUUCACCUGUCUCGAUCCACCAGUCAAAAAAUCACCCAAACGAAGAGGCUAUUCAUGGCAUUGUGCAGAUUGCGAUCCUAGUGUAAGUUAACUAUAAUUUAUUAAUUGCAUUUAUUGCACAAUUGAAUAACGGUACUUUUUAUUUAGUCAAAACAAAAAAAUACAAAUUAUAAUCACUAUUCAUUUGUAAAGGAAGUUGAUUAGAUGAUACUGCUCCAAUAUUCAAAAACAACAAAUACCUGACAAAAUAUAAAGUACUUUAUUGUUAAUAUACAUGUAAAUCAUCAGUUUUCUGAAUGAUCAUAAACGUAGAACAAAUAAUCUUAUUAAUAACUAGUUGCUAACAUUAACUAAUUAUUUUCAGUAAGAGCUGUGCCGUCUUUAUUUAUUCAAUAAUCAAACACAACGUUC